AAACGCAAGCCGAUCAAGAUCGUCAUUCACCGACGGGUCGAGAAUUGUGCGAGCUGAAUACGUUUGUCAUUCAUAAAUGUCAGUUUCGGAUGGCAUGUGGGAGGAUUGGUCAGCGAGGCCGUAGGAAAGCGAAUAUAUUAUGGAGUCGGGCUAGGGUGCUCCCGUUGUUUACUUUCGCAAGGUAAGUCUACCAAAUGACAGGAAGAAAGAAUGAGAUGGACUUAACACUAUGUCUCCAGAUGAAUAUCGAUGCUAUUCUGCGUUUGGAUGAAGAAGAGGACCUGUGGAAGCGGGCGAUCAACCACGUGGGAAUAUACAAAAAAGGCAAGGCUGGGAUUGUAACGACGUCGACUGGAAUAACUCAUGUUAGCUCAUCCCCCCUUCCAUCAGCAGCAGUCCCAAUCAGCUCCGUCUCAGACGGUCGCGCCCACUACCACAGUCAUCGCGCCAGAUGCUACCACCCAUCCCCCACCCCCGCCUGCUCCUCAACCACCAGGUACCUUUCAAACUCUGCGUCUGCGAGAUGAGCCGCCACCGGUAACUCAGCCUUCAUCUCGCACGUCGCGUAAACGUAAAUCACCUCCAAACGUGAAUCCUGACCCUCAACAAUUACAACCACAACCACCUCCAGGAAUGCAUCAACCACCGCCAGGAAUGCUACCUCCUGGUAUGGUUCAUCCCCCGCCACCCCAUAUGGGAGGACCCCCGCUUCCGCACCAUGCAUUCUCUUACAUCCCUACCGAUUACUCACCCGGCGGUAUGCCUCCACCGCAACAGAUGCCGCCAGGGCCGCCUCCAGGGCAACAGGCGGAUGGACAACCAAGUCAGGCAGGCGGCGGUGGUUCGCGGGCAUUGAGUCAGAGUAAACGGGCGGAACAGAAUAGAAAAGCGCAGCGCGCAUUCAGAGAAAGACGAGACCAACACGUUAAAGCGUUGGAAUCGCGUUCACAAUUAUUGGAUGCCGCUUUGGCCUCUGCGGACGAAGCGAAUCGGAGAUGGGAGGAAUGCAGAGCAUUGGUGGAUCAGCUACGCGUCGAGAACGCUGCUCUUCGAGCAGCCCUCAGUCAAGCGCAAAUGAUGAAUGGUUCAGUCCCACACGGUACAGAACCUCUUCCUCCACUGCAAGAACAGACUAAUGCUCCUCCUAAAGAGGUGUCAAACGCGGCCAACAACGAGAAACCUAAUGAAAGUCAGCAGUAGCUAGUCAUGUUACAUUCGCAUUCUAUUUUUUUCUUGUCGCUGUCGCAGGGUUUCGGAGCUUUGGUUGCACGUCUUUACAUAUCCGUUAAUUGUAUCAUUGAUCCUUUUUUUUUCUUUAUAUAUCUCAAUGAAAGUUUGAGUUUGCAUGCAUAUAUCGGCUUCGCAUCUAUGACAU